UGAUUCUGUGUCUGUAAAUCCCCUCUUAAGUUUCUUAGGAUGGAAUUAGUUCAGCUACGAAUUAUCUAGUUUAUAUCCAUUUGAAUAUUUGAUGGGUAUCUUUGCCCUUACAUUGGGAGCAUUACGAAUGAUCUAAUAGGAUAUAGAUAUCUCAAAUUUGAAAAUGGAUUCGGGGAGGCAUGUAUUUUCAGUAGAUCUCCUUGAAAGAUAUGCUGCAAAGGGGCGUGGUGUUAUUACAUGCAUGGCUGCUGGGAAUGAUGUCAUCGUGUUGGGAACGAGUAAAGGAUGGAUUAUUAGACAUGAUUUUGGAGUUGGAGACUCUUCUGAUCUGGACCUCUCUGCUGGUAAAACUGGGGAGCAACCCAUCCACAGAGUUUUUGUUGAUCCUGGAGGAAGCCACUGUAUAGCUACUGUUCUUAGUAGCGGGGGUGCUGAGACAUAUUAUACACAUGCAAAGUGGAGUAAGCCCCGUUUGUUGAGCAGAUUAAAAGGACUUGUGGUGAAUGCUGUUGCCUGGAACAGACAACAGAUAACAGAAGCUUCCACACGGGAAGUCAUUCUUGGUACUGAUAAUGGCCAACUUUAUGAGAUUGCCGUUGACGAGAAGGACAAGAAAGAGAAGUACAUGAAGUUGUUAUUUGAGCUUACUGAGCUCCCAGAAGCCUUCAUGGGUUUGCAGAUGGAAACGGCUAGUGUAGGUAAUGCAACCAGAUAUUAUGUGAUGGCUAUUACUCCUACUCGACUUUACUCUUUCACUGGCAUUGGAUCAUUGGAUACUGUCUUUGCUAGUUAUUCAGAUCGAGCGGUGCGUUUUAUGGAACUUCCUGGUGAAAUACCAAAUAGUGAACUGCAUUUCUUCAUCAAGCAAAGAAGAGCUGAACAUUUUGCCUGGCUUUCGGGGGCUGGUAUUUAUCAUGGUGAUCUAAACUUUGGAGCACAGCAUAGUUCUGCUGAUGGAGAUGAAAACUUUGUGGAGAACAAGGCUCUAUUGGACUACUCAAAAUUGGGUGAAGGUUCUGAAGCAGUUAAACCUAGAUCUCUUGCAGUUUCUGACUUUCAUUUUCUACUUUUAAUUGGGGAUAAGGUUAAGGUUGUCAAUAGAAUUAGUGAACAGAUUAUGGGGGACCUACAGUUUGAUCAUGCAUCAGAGUCGGUUUCAAGAGGUAUCAUUGGACUCUGUAGUGAUGCUACUGCUGGAUUGUUCUAUGCAUAUGACCAAAACUCCAUAUUCCAGGUUUCUGUCCAUGAUGAAGGCCGAGAUAUGUGGCGUGUGUAUCUUGACAUGAAUGAGUAUGCUGCAGCUUUAGCACACUGCCGGGAUCCAUUCCAAAGGGACCAAGUUUAUUUAGUGCAGGGUGAAACUGCUUUCUCUGCAAAAGAUUUCUUUAGAGCAGCAUCAUUUUUUGCGAAAAUUAACUAUAUAUUGUCAUUUGAGGAGAUCACUCUGAAGUUUAUCAGUGUGGGAGAACAGGAUGCAUUGAGAACUUUCUUAUUGAGGAAGCUUGAUAAUCUUGCAAAGGAUGAUAAAUGCCAAAUAACAAUGAUUUCCACUUGGGCUACUGAGUUGUACUUGGACAAGAUCAACCGACUGCUUUUGGAGGAUGACACAGCUUCACGGAAUCAGAAUGUAGAGUACCAGUCUGGCAUUAAGGAGUUCCGUGCUUUCCUGAGUGACUGCAAGGAUGUCCUUGAUGAUGCAACAACAAUGAGAUUAUUAGAGAGCUAUGGAAGAGUGGAUGAGCUGGUCUAUUUUGCUAGUCUAAAGGAGCAUUAUGAGAUAGUUGUUCAUCACUACAUUCAGCAAGGGGAAGCGAAGAAGGCUCUGGAAGUGCUUCAAAAGCCUGGCGUUCCCAUAGAUCUGCAGUACAAGUUUGCUCCAGAUCUUAUCAUGCUUGAUGCAUAUGAGACAGUCGAGUCAUGGAUGGUCACAAACAACCUAAAUCCAAGAAGGCUGAUUCCUGCAAUGAUGCGUUAUUCAAGUGAACCUCAUGCAAAGAAUGAAACACAUGAAGUUAUCAAAUAUUUGGAAUUCUGUGUCCAUCGUUUGCUUAACGAAGAUCCUGGUGUGCACAACUUGUUGCUCUCAUUGUAUGCAAAGCAGGAGGAUGAUAGUGCACUUCUGCGUUUCCUACAAUGCAAGUUUGGCAAAGGACAACCAAAUGGCCCUGAGUUCUUCUAUGAUCCCAAAUAUGCACUGCGCCUUUGCCUCAAGGAAAAGCGAAUGCGUGCCUGUGUCCAUAUAUAUAGCAUGAUGUCCAUGCAUGAAGAGGCAGUCGCUCUUGCUUUAAAGGUUGACACAGAGCUUGCCAUGGCAGAAGCUGACAAGGUUGAAGAUGAUGAAGACUUGAGGAAGAAGCUUUGGCUUAUGGUUGCAAAGCAUGUAAUUGAACAGGAGAAAGGAGCUAAAAGGGAGAACAUACGAAAGGCAAUAGCAUUUCUCAAAGAAACUGACGGCCUUCUAAAAAUAGAGGAUAUUCUACCAUUCUUUCCAGACUUUGCUUUGAUUGAUGAUUUCAAGGAGGCAAUUUGUUCAUCAUUGGAGGAUUACAAUAAGCAGAUCGAACAGCUGAAACAGGAAAUGAAUGAUGCGACACAUGGUGCGGACAAUAUCAGAAAUGAUAUCAGUGCCCUUGCUCAAAGAUAUGCUGUCAUUGAUCGUGACGAGGAGUGUGGGGUUUGUAGACGGAAAAUCUUAACAGUUGGGGGGACACGUCAGGUGGCAAGGGGCUAUACUUCAGUAGGACCAAUGGCCCCUUUUUAUGUCUUUCCAUGUGGACAUGCUUUUCAUGCAGAGUGUUUGAUUGCACAUGUGACUGGGUGUAGCAACCAAGCUCAAGCAGAAUUUGUAUUGGAUUUACAGAAGCAGCUCAGUUUGUUGGGUGGUGAAUCUACAAAUCAUCCAAAUGGUAGUGUUAUUGAGGCACCCAUUGGCAGUAUGAUACAUGCUGAUAAGAUACGUUCACAAUUGGAUGAUGCCGUAGCCAGUGAAUGUCCAUUUUGUGGUGAUCUGAUGAUCCGGGAGAUCUCCUUGCCUUUCAUCCAACCUGAGGAGGAACAACAGGUUACUUCUUGGGAGAUUAAACCGUAUAACCUUGGAAGCCAGAGGAGUCUGUCUAUAUCUAUAUGAAGGUCAAAACUGCAUACUGCAUCUUCCUGCCCGCCCCUUUUUAAAAUUAUACAAAUGUGU